AUGUAUCUGAUGCAUGCUUUUGCUUCUACAGCCUACUUUGAAAAGUGGAGGAUUGAGUACGCCAUGAAUACGUUCCACACAAGAACUUGCAUUCGCUUUGUCCCCCGGCAGAGUCAGUCAGACUACAUCAGCAUUGAGAGCAAAGACGGUUGCUAUUCGUAUCUUGGGAGAACAGGAGGCAGACAGGUAGUUUCUCUGGCCAGAUUCGGCUGUGUUUAUAACGGCAUCAUUCAGCAUGAGCUGAACCACGCGCUGGGCUUCUAUCACGAGCACACAAGGAGCGACCGAGAUCAAUACGUUCGCAUCAACUGGGAAUACGUCGCACCAUACUCGGUCUACAACUUUCAGAAACAGGACACUAAUAACCUCAACACUCCAUAUGACUAUUCUUCUAUCAUGCAUUAUGGAAGAAGUGCUUUCUCAACCCAGUAUGGACAAGAAACUAUCACUCCCAUACCCGACCCAAAUCAGCCAAUUGGACAGAGGCGAAAUCUGUCAGACCUGGACAUUCAGAGGAUCAACAGGCUUUAUGGCUGCUGUGACUGCACCCACAGUCACGAUUCCGUCAAGCUCCUGAAGUUUGCGGAUGACACCACCCUCAUUGGACUCUGCUCUGGUGGGGAUGAGUUCAUCUACAGAUGGGAACUUGAUCAGCUGAUGACCUGGUGUAGCCAGAACAAUCUGGAGCUCAAUGCUUCCUUCCACUUCCUGGGCAUCAUCAUUUCCCAGGACCUCAAGUGGGAGCUGAACAUUAACUCCCUCAUCAAAAAAGCUCAACAGAUGAUGCACUGCCUACAACAGCUGAAGAAGUUCAACCUGCCAAGGACAAUGAUGGUGCACUUCUACACUGCCAUAAUCGAGUCCAUCCUCACCUGCUCCAUCACCGUCUGGACCCUGAGGCAGGCAGGAAAGAUUGUGGCCGACUCCUCCGAUCCCGAACACAGACUGUUCAAAACACUACCCUCCGGCAAGAGACUGAGGUCUAUCAAGACCAGAACUACACGGCACAAAAAUGGCUUCUUCCCUUCAGCAGUUGAAGUCAUCAACAAGCCUCCUGACCCCCGCUGA